AUGCGUGAUGACUGCAUGGAAAUGACUGGUCACCAAGUAAUCUGCCUGGAACCGACCAAUCGCCCAGAAUGUAACGACCGGUCGCCGGUUGAAUUCUUUGACGAAAUUUUCUCUUCGCCAGAAGAACGUGACAGUGAUACUGGUGACUCUUGUGAAGAUGAGAUCAAUAUAAGACCCUCAUUUGCCCUGCCACUACUUCAACCAACUCGUGAUAAUGAUGAGGUUCUUUCUAAUGAUGUGUCUACUUAUCCAUUACCCCCACGCACUACUCGUGGUAAACCUAAAGAUGCCCUAUCUAAUCCAAAAUGGGUAGAUGCAAUGCAUGUUGAGAUGGAAGCCUUAAACAAGAAUGCCACUUGGGAGCUAGUUCCUUUACCAAAAUGGGAAAAGGUUGGUAGCAAAAGUUAUACUCAGACCUAUGGAGUGGAUUACAUGGAGGCCUUUGCUCCAGUAGCAAAGCUCAAUACUGUGCGCGUACUCUUGUCCUUGGCUGCUAAUCAUGAUUGGCAUCUGUUACAAUUUGAUGUAAAAAAUACAUUCCUCCAUGGUGACCUCAAGGAAGAAAUAAACAUGGAUCCCCAGCCGGGUAUCCCUGUGACCUCUAAGGGGUCUCCAAGAGCUUGGUUUGAGAGGUUUGCUGCAUCUAUUAGGAAGUUUGGGUAUGUACAAAGUAAUUCGAAUAAUACUUUGUUUCUGAAGCGUCGCAAAGAAACUGGAAUGUUGGAUUGUAAACCAAUUGAUACUCCUAGUGAACAGAAUCACAAGUUAGGGUUAUAUCCUGAGAUCAAGUUCCUAUUGAUAAGGAGCGCUAUCAACGGCUUGUAG